AUGGCAACAAUUACUAGCACACAGACUCUUCCAAGUACAGCAAUCGAACUUCCGACUCUCGGCCCCAACGCUGAACGUCGUAAUGUCCACGCCUCGGACUCUCAACCCGAGGCAGAUGAAGUGAUGCAACAAUCUCUCCUGGCAGACUCCCAAGUCCCCGACGGUGGCUAUGGCUGGGUCCUCAUCUCCGCAUGCGCAGUCGUGACAUGGUGGUUCGUCGGCGUAUCCUACACAUGGGGUGUGAUGCAAGCCGCCCUAGUUGAUGAACUGGGAUAUUCGUCUUCGACACUAGCAUUCGUGGGAUCAUUAUGUCCCGCUUGUAUAUCCUUGCUGGCCGUGCCUAAUGCGACUCUUAUACGCAAGAUUGGCGCGAGAAUCACAGCACUAAUGGGAAUUUUCUUGCUUGGGCUUGGGAGUAUUUUGUCCGGAUUUGCGGUGCAUAGUGUUGCGGGGUUGUUUAUGACGUGGGGGUUUGUUGGAGGUCUGGGGACUAGUUUAUGUUUUAUGGUCGUUUCUGUGACACCGGCGCAGUACUUCAAAGCUAAGCGUGGGAUCGCUAAUGGGAUUGUUUAUGCUGGUGGCGGUCUUGGUGGUACGGUUAUCAGCUUCAUUCUGAAUGCGCUGCUGGAGAAUGUUGGAAUUGCCUGGACAUUCAGAAUUCUGGGGAUCAUGAUUCUCGCUACGGGAUUGCCAGCUGCGUACCUGAUCAAGGAACGAGCCCCGAUCCGUCCAACAAAGAUGGUUGAGUGGAGUCUCUUCCGUGAUGUCCGGUUCGCAAUGCUCUGGCUUACUGGCGCCAUCGGCACAUUCCCUCUGUUCGUGCCAGCCUUCUUCCUCCCCCUCUACACAAACUCCUUAGGUCUCCCUUCUAGCGCUGGCGCUGGUCUAGUAGCGGCCUUCAACUUUUCCUCCGCAAUUGGACGUCUAUCCUGCGGUUUUGCAUGUGACAAGUUCGGCGCCAUGAACACUCUAUUUAUAUCAUUGCUGCUCAGUGCCCUGAGCCUUUUUGUGCUGUGGCCCGUCUCCAACUCCAUCGGACCACUAAUUGCCUUUGUGGUUAUUAAUGGAUCUGCCAAUGGCGGUUUCUUUUCUACUAUGCCCACCGUGGUUGGGAAUGUGUUUGGAUCGGCAAGAGUGUCGGUUGCGGUUGGAAUGAUCGUUAGUGGGUGGCUUGGAGGAUAUCUUAUGGGAGCUCCGAUUGCUGGUUAUAUCCUGAACGCUUCGGGUGGAGAAGCGGGUGGUGUUGGUGCUUAUCGACCUGCCAUCUUUUACGCUGGUUCAAUGGCGACGGCUGCUACGAUUUUGGCAGGUAUAGCACGCAUCAAAGUUGACCGGAGACUGAAAAAGACGGUUUGA